CAGCAAGUUUGACACUGUCAGUGUUGGCGAUGCUGAGCUGUGGAGGCCAGGUUUAAGGAGACAUUGGGGUUGUGGGGGCUGUGACAAGCUGUCAGGCCAUAAGUAGGACUGACCCCUGACUCUCACACCAGCUGCAGUCAUGAGCAGAGAUUGCAACUGUACCACUGACUUUCAACUCGCUUGGGGGAUUCCCUCCAUAACCUACGCGUGGGGACUGUGGGCCCUCUUAGGAGUUGUGACGGUGCUGCUUCUCAUCUCAUUGGCUGCACUCUUGUCCCAGUGGACCCGUGGUCGGAGAAGGAACCAGGAGGGACAGGGACCACCCUCCGGAAGGUCCGCGGAAGAAGUUCCCCUGUAUGGCAACCUGCACUAUUUACAGACAGGUCGGCUGUCUCAAGAACCAAGGUCAGAAGAGCAGGACCCACCAUCCUCUGGAGGCCUUGCCAGGGGGGCGGAGGAGGCCAUGUGCUACACUAGCCUGCAGCUGCGACCAGCUCAAGGUCGGAUUCCCAGCUCUGGGAACCCCAUCAAAUACUGUGAGGUGGUGCUGGACUCUGAGCCAAAGCCCCAGGCCCCAGGCCCUGAGCCGGAACUUUAUGCCUCCGUGUGUGCCCAGACCCGCAGAGGCCGGGCUUCCUUCCCAGAUCAAGCCUAUGCCAACAGCCAGCCUGCACCCAGCUGAGGAGGACCUGGAACUGUGGGCACCCAUGGCUCAGCUACUGGGUCAGGGACUCCUGCUGUCCUGGCUAGGGUAUGUCUGGUUUCUAACCACCUCCAGGACAUUGAGACUUUGCUGAGUGGCAGGAGCUUCCUAAGUUGCAUGACAGCGUCAGAGUCGGAAGCCUCCUGGUUUCCUGAGGAAGGAGUUGCAAAGAGAGAUCUCCGCACUUACCUUUCCUACGUUCUCCUGUAAGCCCCCAAACUCACACCUUUCCCUCCAUUUAGGGUUUAGCCAGGUUCCCCCUUGUCCUCUCUAAGCUUAUGCAGAUACCUCAUUGUCUCAGAGACAGGAAGUGGGCAGGGAGGAGUGGGUAGAAGCCAGAGAGGAUGUGGGUGGGUAUCAUGCAUGGGAGAGCCCACAGCUGGAAGGCUCCUAGGGUCCCAAGUUUGGUUUCUGACCUGAAAGCCGGGGUCAGAGAAUGGCCUUCAUGCUGUUGCCUCUGGCGUCCCCUGGGUUUCAAAUAAAGCAUC